CCAGGAUUUUGAUAUCUAUCACACCUGUUUAUUAUAAACACCAAAUUCAUCAUCGUUAUCCAAAGUCAAGAAACAACAUGUGUGGCUCACCAAUUUCAGGACCUCUUCUCAUUCUCUUCUUUCCUUUAGGAGUGGGAAUUUUAGCUGUUUCUCGGGUCAUCAAUUUGGUUCAUUCCAUUGAUGUUAGCAUCAGAAAGAAUAAUGAAAAGAUUGAGAGUGGAGUGAGUCAUAUUUCAAAGGACUUGAAGGAGAAGAUUUUAUUCCGAAAACAAUUAAUUGCCGAGAGUAAAUUGGAAGGAAAGAUCAAGGCCGACACUACACAAGAUCCACAAGUUGCCAGAUUGCAUGUGCAGAGAGCUGUGGUGAGAUUGGCUGCUAUGAAAUAUGAGGGAGCUUUGGAGGAUAUCAAACUUGCAUUGCAUUUGGAUGAAAGUUUGGAUGCGACCUAUGUGUGGAAUUUUGUUUAUGGUGUGGCAUUGUAUCAUUGUGGGGAUUAUUUAGAAUCUGCUCAUGCUUUCAAGAAAGGUAUUGAAUUGAAGGAGGCAAUGACUGGAAGUGGUAAUUGUGAUAAGAAAUCAGUAGAAUUGGAAAAGAACAUUCUUGAUAUUAAUUUUGAAAUGAAACACUCCCAUGAAAAAGUGAAGGAACAAUUUACCGAAUUUUCAGAGAAUACCAAAACUUAUUUCAAUAAUUUCAAGUCCUUGCUGAAAGGGGAAAAGGUUGAUUUGGCUGCUCAAAAGGAAGAAAAGACAACAGUUUCAUUGAUUUCAUUGGAAGAAUUGAAUUAUAGAGCUGGUUGUUCAUACUACUUUGCAGCUUGUUAUCAUGAUGCUAUAAAGAAUUUUGAAACAGCUGCUCAGUAUGGAAAAGAUUCACCAAAUCUCAGACACUACAUUUACAAUAAGGGAUUAUGCUACUUCUACAACCACGAGCUUGAUGAAGCUCUUGAAGCUUUCUCACAAGCAAUGAAGUUGGAAGAAAAUGCCGAGACUGCUCAAAUGAUCUCUCAAACCUAUGGAAGAAAAGGUGAACUUGAGCUAAAACAAGAAUACCUCAAAAAAGCUACAGAGUUAGACCCUAAAACCAAGUUAAUUACAGCAUUCAAUUACAGACUUUUGAAUGAAGAUUGUACUAAGCUGGUAUUCUCCUACUUGCCGACUUACACUCGUGUUAAUAUCUCCUCUACCAACAAAUAUUGGAGAGAGUUACUCAUGAGAAGUGUUCUCGAUGAUCCAAUAUUUGAAAUGUCGAUAAGAAAUCUUGUCAAUAAUUUGGCCAAUCAAAAAAAGAAAUUGGAAAUGAGAUCUUUAAGAGAGAAAAUAUUCCUACCUGUCCAAGAAGCAAAAACCACAAUGAAUUUCAUGGAAGACGUGUUGAAAUCAUCCUUCUUCAAGUACUAUAUUGAAAAGAAGGAAAAGAGAGUUAUCAUUCCAAUCAUUUAUGAAAACUAUUACAAAUCAUUCUAUGCAAAUGAGAUUUGCUUUCCAUUUAUGAAAGAUUUGGUAUAUGUAGACAUGAAUGCUCAAACCUAUGCAAAUUGCUUUGAUAUCCUUUCAGGUAUUAGUCCAGACUUGAAAGAUCUCGUUCUCAGAGAUGACGAAACAGCAUGUUUUGAGUAUUCUAUUCCUUCUUCCUUUGUUAAAUUCCCAAACUUGAAGGCUUUGACAAUUGCAUAUUCCUUUACUGACUAUUUCAUGAGUUGUUAUAGAGAUUAUGGUGGAUUUUCAUUCCCUCCAAGUUUGGAAAAGUUCUACUAUAAUCCAGAUUCAUGUCCUGAAUUUAUGGAAAUAUUUUCUCAAUUUCCAACCAUUGAAUUCAUUCCACUCACCAACAUUGAAACUUUUUAUGAAACUGUAUAACCAAUCAACUGUAUUAUAUUAGAAAUUUCAUUGUAAAAUUUAAAUAAUGAACUUGUUUACAAUAUUUA